AUGACCUGUGAUGCGGCGCAUGUCAUCAUCCUGAGCUUCUUUGAUGGCAUUGGUUCGGGGCCUUUUGUUUUCAAGGAGCUCUUCGGAAGGCCCAAGGCUGUUUUCAGUUGGGAGAUCGACCAGCUGUGCAUGAAUGUCAGUUCGUACCAUGUUCCAGAGACACAGCGCCGGGGAGAUGUGGCUGCAGACAGCCCAGCAGCGCUGGCAGCUGAAAUCCUGGCUCUGGACCCUGACAAGACAGCGCGCAUCUUGAUUUUGGGCGGCCCGCCGUGUCCGGACUUCUCCAGCAUCAAGGCUCAACCUGCAGGCCGUGCUGGCCCUGAAGGCAUGAAAUUCGACCAAAUGUGUGAUUUCUGUGAUCGGCUUGAGCAACUGUUGAAUGAUUGGCCCCCCUUCUGGUUUUUGGUUGAGAAUGUUGUUCUCAAGGCCAAGGGUGAAAUUCAGCAUUUUUCUGCCCGCCUGAAAUGCCAGCCAAUCCUGGCUGACGCUGCUGACUUUGGUGUAGUUAGCCGGCCUCGUUUGUGGUGGAUGCGGCGUCGCUGGAGCACGCAGGAUGUGUACCCUGGAACAACCUCUCCUUUGAGGUGGACAAAGUCAGCAGGGGUUCCUCGCUUGCAGACCAGCAUGAAGACGGAUGACCCAUCUUAUAUGCAGGUGGCUGGCUUGGCAUUCCACAAGGAUGUGCUGGCAGGCUCAGUCAGCCUUCCAUGUUUGACAACGCCCGCGCCUUGGCCUAGUGGGCGAAGUGCUCCAAGGAGCAGCAAAGGGCGCACAUCUCCUCAAGCCCACUCUCGUUGGCUGGGGGACUCACGCCGAUUUGCGCCCUGGCAUUAUGAGUCGGCGGCCAUGAUGACAGAUGCAGCUGGCAGGUACCAUGUCCUGCCACCUUUGGUAAAAGAGCGCUUGCACCACUAUCCGGAUGAUUACACUGCCCACCCUCAUGCUGAUGUGAAUGACAGGCACCGCAUGCUGGGGAAUUCAUGGCACUUGGGAGUGGUGCGGCUCUUGCUUUUGCUUCUUCUAGCUUCGCAGGUCCAACCACAUGCUGCGCAGCUGACAAGAAGCCCAACCCGCUCUGCGCUUCAGCGUAUGAUUGAAUGGUCUUUGGUGAAUCCGGCGCCGCUUGGGCCUACUCCGGAUUCUGCAGAGCCACCUCUGGUGCCGCCGUGCGCAGGCAUGCGGGAGCAUUGGGCUCUGGCGCAGCGUCUCAUUCACCCUUCUCUGCGCACGCAGCCGCCUGAGCCUGCUUUGGUGAGGGUAACCGAACGUCUUUUACAGAAUCUGGCAACCAUCAGGCAACUUCGCAGAGCUGUUUUGGAUGAGCUGGCAGAGCUGGUGCAGGAAUGGGCCGAAAUCACGGAAGAUUGGUUGGCCCAGGUAGCGCCGCACAUUCGCGACGUGUACACCCAGGGUGGCCGUGAACCUCCGGCUCAGAUCCCCUUGUUGUGCUUUCUUCUCAGGCGGAUGCAAUAUCCCGGCGUUGAAGAACUGAGUGCUGAUCUUCACCAUGGCUUCGUGCUGCUGGGGCAGAUGCAUGCUGGGUCUGGGUGGAAGCGUCGCUUGGAUACCAAAUACAGGGAUCCCAUGCCUUAUGAGCAGUUCUUUGAAGACAACAAGAGGCAUGUCUUCGAAAAGCUGCGAAAUCACAAGGUCGACCCUCACUGGAAGAUUAUGCUGGAUGAGCUAGCAGAUGAACAUGCCAAAGGUCGUGUUGAUGGCCCAUAUGGCUCUCCUUCAUGCUGGCCGGUCCAGUGCGUCAGUGUACCACAGUAUAAGCAGCUGUCAACGCUCCUGCAGGCUCCUGAGCACCAUUGUCCAACGGCAGUGUGCUUCAGUGUCGAACAGCCGGACAAGGCCCCUGACUUCUGCAAUGGCUGGGGCUUCGUUGCCAGAAUUGAGAACCAAACCUUCUACGCCAUGGGCGAGGUGCCCCAGCAUGUGGUGGCUGCAUUUGGCCAUCGGAAGGGCGCGUCUGAAACGCUGACGCCGGAAGACAUUGAAGUGGACUGGCUCGGGGGCUAUUGGAAGCUGCCCAGCGCUGACAUGAAUUCCAAUCUUGUGAGGGAGCGCAUCAUCAGCCAAGCGAAAACCGGGACAGCUCCGGUCAAGCCGUACAUCCUCACAGAGAUCUACGCGGCGCUGAGCGCGGCGCUGCAGCAGCUCUUCGGGGCGGCGGAGUUCACCUCGGCGCGGCUGGCGGAGCAGUACCGCAGCCAGCCGGAGCUGGCGGCGUAUCUGACGGCGCGAUGCGCCAUGUCCAUGAGGGAGCCGGAACAGCGGCUGCAGGGCUUGCGCGAUGUCGAAAGAUCCACCAUGAGAUUCACCUCCAGCCCUGCGAAGUCAUGCGUCCAGUCCUUCGUGCACCGCGCCCAUGGGGUGUUGAUUGCACGUGGUCCUGGUGCUGAUCGUUGGAAGCUUGCGCAGGAGCACUUCGACAAAGCCAUCGAAGUGUAUCCCACCAACUCCAACGCCCUGUCCCUCCUGGGCAUUUGCGCCCUGGAGUUGGGCCAGCUGCAGCGGGCGCUAAUCCUCAUGAACAAGAGCUUGUUGUUGGACUCGGACUUCCGGGCGCCCUAUGUGAACCUCGGGGUGGCUUACUUGCGCUUGGCCGUCUCGGAGGAGGGCGAGAAAGCCCAGGACUUGUUCUUCAGAGCUAUUGAGAUCUCUGAAGCUUGUCUUAUCCGGCAUCCUGCGUCACCUCAGUGCAACUACCACAUUGGCGUCGCCUGCGCGCAGCUCUUCUUCUUGGAGCGGGACCCGCUGACCCCCGCGGCCGCGGAGUUCCGGCGCCGCUCGCGCCAGGAGCUGCUGGAAGCGAGGCAGAGCGCAGAAGCACGGCGACGCCUGAGCGACUGGCAGGAGGCCCAGGCCCGGGGCACGGCCAGGAAGCAGCAGGCGCCCUGGCUGUCGGUGGACGACAAGACGCUGCAGGCGGUGGAAGCCCCGAUGCCGCCGGCGCCGAAACCCAUCAAGCUCCCGGAAUACGUGGGAUGGCGCCUCUUCUUCUGGCGAGCGGCGUCCUGUGCGCUGCAAGUGGGCGCUGAGCUGCGAGGAAAGCGGCAUGCCCUGAGAGCUUCCCUGCAGCUCCAGGGCACGAAGCUGCACGACGUGUGUGCGCCCUGCGGCGAUGCGGGGCUGAACACGUUGCAGGAGACGUCGGAGUACUGUGACGAGCUCUACAGUCAAUGUAGCUGCUGCAUCGAGAAAGUCCAAGCCAAGUACGACGAGAUUUGCUCCAACUUCAUGGGCUAUGGCGGCUGCGUGAACGGCAUCAAGGCUGCAAUGGAGCAGAAGGAGAAAGAGUGUGAGCAGAAGAAGAAGCUUGAAGAGUACCAAAGAGAGAAAGAGAAGCAAGACAUCGAAGACGCCUCGGGCAUGGACAUCUUUGACAUGCAUGCGGCGAAGGUGGCAGACCACAGGUCAUAG